GACAGUUGUCAAUUACAAUGGUUCGCUUCCUGUGAAGAGAGUGGUCAUCUUGUAAAUAUUGUUAAAAUUAUAAAAAUAAAUAUCAUCACCAAUUAUACAUCAAUUUUCGUUAUUUUCCAAAAAGUGUUAAUUUAUAUGUGUGAUAAUAACUUAUAUGGAUAAAGUGCUAUAAAGUGGCUCUUGCCCAAUCAGGGUUAACACAAUGGUGAUAGAAGCUACCACUGAGAAACAUACAGACGAUCGAGUAACGUUACGGCCUAGGGCGGGCGGUGACGUAAUGACUCCAGAACGAUCAGUCAGCACUUUAGACCUCGCUAUGUCCUACUCAGCACCGUCUAAUCUAGUGCUUACACCGGCUCCAGAAUGUCGAAAACUCUCCCGAGGCAUAUCACGUGCCACAGAUAACGAAGGUCUUGUCUGGGCGUUGCGUAGUAACACAGAACCAGACUUGAACACUCUUAGCUCAGAUCAUAUACUCCUGUUACCGGAUAUAUCUGUUUAUCCCACAGAUUUCAGGAUAUUUAUCGAGAAGGACCUCCUCGAAACCGCUACUUUAGUGACCUUAGAGUCCGCAAGUAUUCUCAACUGGUGGCGUGGUCGAGUACCAGGUGCCCCCAGACUUCUACCGCUAGCGACAUCUGGUGAUGGUAACUGUCUUCCACAUGCAGCAUCGUUGGCAGCGUACGGCUUUCAUGAUAGAUUAUUGGCUUUGAGAACUAAAGUACAGACACUUUUGUCAGGAGAGGAAGGACAGGGUUUGACAGACGCAAUUCGUCGUCGUUGGCGCUGGUCGGAAAGCCUUUCCCUAAAAUCGGCCGGCCUUACAUUAUCUGAAGCGGAAUGGGAACGGGAAUGGAAUGAGUCAGUCAAAAUGGCUUCAACGGAACCGCGGCCAAAACAUCAGCCGAGCGCUGCAACGCACUAUUCGGGCUUGGAACAACUUCACGUGUUUGCGCUGGCCCAUGUUAUGAGACGGCCGGUUGUUGUCUUCGCUGAUGUCGCUUUAAGAGAUUUCCGUGGCGAUCCCAUAGCCCCUAUCCCGUUCGGCGGUAUCUACUUACCCCUGGAACUAGAACCAGCUUCGUGCAGUAAAGCACCAAUAUUGUUGGCGUACGACGCUGGUCAUUUUUCCGCCUUGGUGCCUUGUGAACCUCUGCCGAGUGAUGGAGCCAGGGUUCCUUUGGAAGAUCCUUCGCAGAAUCCUUUACCGAUCAGGUUCAACGUUGACCCAGGUGAAGAGUUCCGCUGGGAUGUAGAGCCAGAUCAAAAAACCAUAAACAACCUGCUGCCAGAUGAAUUUCAGCGAUCUGCCAUGUUGGAGGCGUAUUUGGACCUGGAAAGAGUGGAGUGCCUCCAAAGCCAUCCUCCAGAAGAGUUGAGAAGGUCCUUGGAUGCUCUCUCGACUAAGAGCUCAAAGCAGAUGAACUCUGUGGCGAAGCAGUUUGGGAGUAUUGGCAGGUCAAUGAGUAGUAAACUGAAAAAGAACUUCGGUUCCAUGGCGAAGUUAACUGGGAAACUGAGUGGCAGUCAAAGUAAUCCAGAGCAUCUGGUGGAGAGGCAGACUUGUGAGGUCCUAUGUUGCAGAGUUUUAGCUGCAAGGGCACCAGUUCAGGAAGAAAUGGUCAAGAAUUAUUUGAAUGAGGCCUGGAUUGGUUACACAUCGGAGAAGAAUCGUAGGGAGGAGCCCCAAAUCGCUCCCAGAUAUGGGACUGGUAGGUCGCAGUUCUAUACCGAAGCGGACAGAGAAUCCCACCAUGCCGCGAAUACUCUCACGGCGCGAUCCGUCAAACCGGCACAGGACAGAACGCUUUACCUCUCCAAAUCGACAUUUUACGACGACCGGCCCCCCUCCCCGAAGCCCUGCAGGGCUCCGCUCUGCAUGUACUACGGGAGCCCCGCCUACAACGACUACUGCUCCAGAUGCGCCCAACAACAGUAACUGGCAAACCAUAUUGGACAUGUUAUGUAACCUGUGUUCUUAAUUAAUCUGACACACACAAAAUCCAUUACACAACGUAGAUAUUGUUGCCAUGGUAACAAUGUUUCUAAAACAUGGUAAUAGUAACAUACGCAUAGUCCUAAAGUCGUUUUGUCUUCUUUCACGUUUAAAUAGAUAAACGUGACUAAACAAUAUUUAGUUCAAUAUUAAGUCCUGAAUUUUCCUAGUGGAAAAAAGACCCAUAUUGACAUCUUAAACUAAAAUAUUUUUUACUUAAAUCACCAAAAUGAUCAAUGAAUUACCGGAUAACAGACUAAUACUUACACAAAGUUAUACUUAAUCCUUUAUUGUAAUUCGCGUGUCAAAUCCGAAAUCAUUUCUUGAUAUUAGUACACUUAUAAACGUCAAAAUGAAAAAAAAAACAUGUACCUUAUAACUCUAUUAGCACGAUUUUUAUUCUUAAAUUGUCGUCAUGACAGCUUUAUUAAGUUAAUUUUAUAAUACACGGUUAUAUGGCAUAGUGUACGUACGUACGUACGUACGUACGAAGAGUAUUGUUGAAUUAUGACCGUGUUUAUUACUAAGUCUAUAUUGAUAAUGAGUCUAUGGAACAUCCCGUACAUAACAUAAUCUUUAUAAAAGAAUGCUUGAAAUAAGAUUUUUUUUGCAAAAUGAGGAAGAGGAAUUACUAUAUUUAGGUAAGAUAUUAAAAAUAGUAAGAUUUAAAAAAAAUAGUAUGGGUGUCAUAUAACCCAUUAACCGAAAUUACCGAAUUAGGUUUAAUACUCAAAGUAUUUAAAUUUCAAAUUAUUGACUAUUUUUCAAAGACCUAAGGAAAAUAGAUUUACAAGUGAAUGGAUUGAAAUAUAUAUGUAUACAGAUCCUAGUCUAUUUUCAGCAAUGUUAUAUGUAUACACGAAUAAAUUACUUUUUGUUUUAGAAUCUAUAUUUUUAUAAUAUAAAAAAUAUUUUUCUAUAGAAAACAGGCUGUAAGGAAAUUACUUAAUUUAAUUCUAAGUUAAAGUAUUAACGUAGUUGUAAGAGUUUUUAUUUUUUUGAGCACUAGUAGUCAGUGCCAAAAUUACUUCCGUUUCCGCCAAAAUGAGGCACAACUUCCAUUGGGUGCUAUUCAAAAAAUUUCAUGCUUCAAAGUUGUUUUUAAUUUUUUGAGCCAAAUCCCAUAAGAUUUUUUGUUCCACUUGUUUCACAAUGGAAAUGUUAUAACAUGAUAUUUUUGUUAACAAUAAAAACAGUUUUAGAUUUUUAGCUGAUAUCAAGUAGAAGCAUCAUCCGAAUUAAGGAGUGGUUCUGAUUAUUAAAAACGUAUUAUAUUUAUUAUCGUAUUAAGAAGUAUAUUUUACUCUUUUUUGGUAAUCAAUAUUUUAUUUCAAGGUUACUACACUUUUCAAAAUGUAGGUAAGUCAACUGCAAAAUUGACUAGCGCUAUCAAAACUGUCACCAUAACAUUUUGACAAGAUCUACAAAAUAUAUAAAAAGCUGUCAUUCUGAACCUAAUAUUUACAACCAAUACCUUAAGAAAAUUGCGAAAGUUUAGUGUUCAAUAAAUCUGAACCAGGGUGUAUUAGAGUAACUGGUAUUAUUGAAAGUGUAUAUAAUAAGGUAUGUAUAAUUAAAUAAGUAUAAAUAAAACUGUGGAAACAGUAUAAUUUAGGGGAUAUUGAUGACAAUGAAACACUUCAAAAAUUCUAGUAUUAUACAUGAUAAUAUGUUAUGUUGUUGAAAAAUAUUUUAGGUUUAUACAAUUUAUACAAUUAUAGAUGUCAAAUAUAAAAUACUUCCAAUGUUGUGUAAUUUUAUCAGCAAAGCUUCUUCGCUGCAAGUUACUGUUUUUUUAUUUAUUUACUUACAUUAAAAAUCAUUGUUAUCUCUAUCGUCUAGAUUAUCAAUAAGUUAUUGCGAAAUUGAGCUUCUAAUAUUUAAGAUGUGACUCCCGUAGUGACCGUCAUUCUAAUAGUUUCAAAUAGACAAUAAAAUUUAAUGAGUUCCUAUAUAAAAUCAAUAUUUUCUGAAUCAAACCUUUACACUUCGUUCUUCAUGCACCUACCUCUGAGCACGACAAAUAGAAACAACCACAUUGAUAUUAGGAAUUGGUAUUUUGUAAUCAUUUUUGUUUGAUUUACAAUAUCAAUAGAGAUUCAAUCAGUAUAUGUAAUCAGUUCACAAUAGAAAAGUGUUUAGUUUAACAAUAUUAAAUUGUAAGUAGACUAAAAAGUACAUUAAUAAUAAAAUAAAUUAUUAAGUUUGUUACAAUAAAUUAACAAAAUGUUGGCCCCCAAACUCCCUUUGUAUGUUCUAAAGUAUUUGAAAUAUUUAAGAGUUUUUAUACAUUUACCAGUAGCCUUAUUGAAUGGGCGUUAGGGUAAAUGCAAUGUUUUAAUUCUAAUCUAGUCUUAUAUAAUUUUAAGAUUUUCUAAACUAUCAUUUUAAUAUAUUUGAUAAGUGAUUUAUUUAACUGAUCAUUUUUCAUGGCCAAAUACUUAAAAUAGAAUGUUAAAAAUCUAUUAUAGAAGAUAUUCUUGUUUUAAAUUUUGGCCUUCAUAACCCACCUCGUUUAUUGUUAUUUUUAUAGAACAGUGUAUUGAUUCAAUCAAUCCUUAAAAGAUCUGUGAACUUUAACUUAAAAUAAAGUGAGAUUACAUGACAAAACAAAUGCUAUAAACAAAAUGUUAAUGUUAUAUUUUUUCAAAAAGUGUAUUACUAAAACUAUUUAGAAUAGAGUUUGCAUAUCAUGUUUUCUAGCAGUAUAAAUCGUUAUGCAUU